CUACAAUGGGGUUACGCAAAAAGGAAUAACUUACGACAAGAUAAUAAAACGUAAACAACAAUGUAUAAUGUGUUCCAUACAGCUUAUUGACAUUGUAACAGUUUCUACAGGGUCGGAGUUAACAAAGACAACGGAUAUAGGUUGUCCUUUGAGCGUGGAAUGAUGAGAAGAAUACAGUGGCAGUAUGUUGUCCUUGUGCUUGGGGUAUUUCUGUCAAUACAUCUUCUAGGAAAUCUAGUGGUGAAUAAUUUCCACCAAAGACUCAACAAUAAGGAUACGCAUAAAAGAUCGCCAGAGCCAAAAACCUCAAUCUUCCGAAACAAGAACAGUGUCGUGUCCAGUCAUUACAAUCAAGAGAUACUUAACUCUGCAAAUUACAAAUCUAAUUCCACCAAAAACAUCGGUAUAUUAUUUUACAAUAAGCCAUCUUGGAUAUCUUUCGAGUCAACAGUUAUUGAUUCAACAAGAUGUCCCAAUUUAAAACAAAAAUGCACAAUAUAUACCAAUAACAAGAAUUACGAAAAAUCAAAGGGAGUUAUUUUCUGUGGGGAAAAACUUCCUUCAAAAGUUCCAGAGAAAAAGAAGGGUCAGGUUUGGACGUUCUUUUCGAUAGAAUCUCCUUUUCUAUUUUCUGUAAGGCCGGAGUGGAAAGAUAAAUUUUCAUGGACAAUGACAUAUAGAAGAGACUCUGACUUCACCUAUUUUUAUGGAAAAAUUCAGAAGCGAGAGAUUCCUUUGUCCCGGAACUACUCUGAAGUGUUAAAAAGAAAAAACAAGACCGUAUCAUGGGCUGUAAGCAAUUGUAACUCGUUUUCAAAACGUGAGGAAUACGUUAAGAAACUCCAGAAGUACAUAAGUGUGGAUGUAUAUGGUAAAUGUGGAAAACUUAAAUGUGGACAGCGGUCGGCGGGGGUAACCGACUGUCACAAAAAGUUUGCGGAAGAAUACAAAUUCUACCUAGCAGUCGAAAACUCAAUAUGCAAAGACUACACUACAGAGAAACUAUUUAAUUUCUUCUUUUACGAUCUCCCUAUGAUUCCCAUAAUCAAUGGACCUAAAAAUGCCCGUGAAUACAUUCCAAACGGAACGUACAUCAAUAUGCUAGACUACGCGUCUCCUGAAGAAUUAGCUAAAGAUUUGGAAAGAAUUGGAUCAAACGAAACUCUUUAUUCCGAAUAUUUAAAAGAGAAGGACAAAUAUACAGGAAGUAGAUUUCGUUGGGAAGUAGCUUUAUGUCCAAUGUGUUCUAGACUUCAGGAAAAUUCUUUAACCAGUGGCAAAAUUAUACCAGAUAUUAGUUCUUGGAUUUGGAAUGAUACUUGUAUCAAGCCAUGAUGUUCGUCGUCUGUUUUUAAUGUUAAGGAGAUCUAAUGUAGGAGAUUGAAGUUAAAAUCUGCAUGUGGUUUAUAUUUUUUAUUCAACUUUCGGAAUUAAAAGUGUUUAAAUGCCAAAUUA